CCGAGAGAGAGGGAGACACAGAAUUAGAAGCAGGCUCCAGGCUCUGAGCUGUCAGCACAGAGCCCAAUGGGGGGCUCAAACUCACGAGUGGUGAGAUCAUGACCUGUGCUGAAGUUGGACACCCAACCGACUGAGCCACCCAGGCGCCCCUAGCUGUAUUGUUUUUUCAAGAUUCUCCUGCUGUGUAGAGCGAAGAGCAAACAGAAACAGAUUGGCCAGUGGAUAUGCAGUAGCUCAGAUGGGAGAUGAUGGGAGAUGACCGUGGCUUAACAGUAGUGCGGUGGCAGUGGAUGGAGAGGAGUGGACAUAGUGGAGAUACUUUGAGGUGGUAAAAAUAGGAGGACAUGAUAAUGGAUUGGAUAUGGAACAUAAGGGAGAAGGAAGAACAAAGAGAUGUUGCGGGAAGUCACUAUUCUUACGGUUGGGAGAGGAAUGGGUUUUGGGGGGCGGGUGGUUUGGUGUGUGGUGGAAAGGUAGUCGUGAAUUCAGGAGGGUUUUUUUGUUUUUUUUGUUGUUGUUGUCCUAGGCUCUUAGAAUGCUGCGAGAUUGUCAGGGGUGCCUCUACCAGAGGGGAUUGAAGAUAUUUGGCUUGCAGAUGUUCAUUUGAAGAUUAUCAAUGACACUUAAAAGCCAAGAACGUAGAUGAAAUCAGGGAGGAAGAGAAGGAAGAGAUGACAGGGAGGAAAGAAAAAAGACUGACUAGAAAUGCAAAGAACCCUGAGGAAUGCAGUACAUUUCUAAGUUGGGUAAACUGGAAGGCCGCUAGGAAGGAAGCUAAGAAGGACAGUCAGAGAGUGGUUGUAGGGAAAUUGGGAACGUAUAUUGGACCAUGCCAUGGAUGCCAAGCAAUGCAAGUAUUGGAGGAAAAGAAUAGUUAACUGUGUUGAGUUUGGUUGGCUGAGAAGUUGGGAAGAUGUGGGCAGAAAUAUGGCCAUUGGAUUUGGCAGCCUAGAGGUCAUCGGUAACUUUGAUGAGCCAAUUUCAUGGACUGGUAGAGAUGGAAACUAGAUUUGAGUGACUUGAGGGAUACCCGAUGGCCCAGGAAUUAGAGACAGAGUGUAUAGAUAGUGUUUGAAAGCUGUUUGCAGGUGAAAGGAAACAGACGUGGGGUAGAAGCUAGAGGUGUAUGAGGAUAUACAGGAAGUCUUCCUUCCUUCCUUCCUUCCUUCCUUCCUUCCUUCCUUCCUUAGUAUAAAACAUACUGCAGCAUGAUUUUAGUUGUUAGGAUAAAAAGGGAAGAAAGGAAGAUGAAGGAAGCAUUGAAAAAGCAAGAUUGUUCAGGAGCCCAACUGCACAGAGAAUGGACUUAAAAGAAAAGGGAUCCCUUCCUCAAUUUUGAAAGGGGGGAAGAAGGAAGAACAUGGAUAUAGAGACAAGUAGGUACAUAGAUUCAGUGCAGGAGAAUUCUGAUGUUCCAGCCUAAUAGUUUCUACGUGUUUUACAUACUGAGGCAAAAAUAACAGUUUAGUAGUGGGAACAAUCUGAAUAUGAAAGAAACAAAAUCUACUUACAGUAGCAUCAGAAAGAAUACAUACUUAGGAAUAAAUUUAACAAAAGAUGAGGUGCCUGGCUAGUUCAGUUGGUAAAGCAUGCAACUCUUGGUCUUGGGGUUGUAUGCUCGAGCCCCACAUUGGAUGUAGAGAUUACUUAAAAAUAAAAUCUUGGGGCAUCUGGGUGGCUUAGUGAGUUAGGCAUCUAACUUGAUUGUGGCUCAGGUCAUGAUCCCAGGAUUGUGGGAUUGAGCCCCAUGUUGGGCUCUGUGCCGAGUUGAGCAUGGAGCCUGCUUGGGAUUCUCUCUCUCCCUCUGCCCCUCUCCCUUGUUUGCACGUGUUCUCUCUCAAAAUAAAUAAAUAAACAAAUAAAUAAUAAAAAUAAAUAAAAAUAAAAUCUCAAUCUCUCUCUCUCUUUCUCUCUCUUUUUUGUUAAAGAAUCACUGGGCACCGGGUUGGUUCAUUCAUUUAACCAGCUGACUCUUGGUUUCAGCUCAGGUCAUGAUCUCACAGUCUGAGUUGUAGCCCUGCCUCGAGCUCUGUGCUAACAGUGUGGAGCCUGCUUGGGAUUCUCUCCCUCUCACUAUCCCUCCCUACGGUGCUUGUGCAUGUUUUCUCUCUGUCUCUCAAAAUAAGUAAAUGAUAUUAAAAAAAAAAACACCCAAGAUUUUUAUACUACAAAAUAUUACUAAGAGUUAUUAAAGAUUUAGGGGCACCUGGGUGGCUCAGCCAGUUGAGCGUCCAACUCUUUGCCCCAGGUCAUGAUCCCUGGAUCUGCUUAAGAUUCUUUCUUUCCCUUUGCCCCUCUCCCCGACUCGUGCACUCUUUUUCUCUAAAAAAAAAAAAAAAAAGAUUAAAGAUUUAAAUAAAUGUUUUAAAGUUGUAUUUAUUUUGAGAGAGAGCACACACACAUGCAUGAACGGGAUAGGGGUAGAGAGAGAGAAUCCUAAGCAGGCUCCAUGUUCAGCAUGGAGCCAAUCACAGGGCUCGAUCUCACAACUGUGAGAUCAUGACCUGAGUCGAAAUCAAGAGUUAGAGAGGCUUACCUUGACUGAACCACCCAGGUGGCUGAAGAUUUAAAUAAAUGGAGAGACAGUCUGUUCAUAGAUUGGAAGAUUGGAUGUUGUUAAGAGGACAGUGGUUCUCAAACUGACCUAUAGAUUCAACCAGAUCCCUAUCAAAAUCCUAGUAGGCAUUUUUGUAGAAAUUGUCAAGCAGAUCCUAAAAUUUAUAGGGAAAUGUAAAGGACCUAGAAUAGCCAAAACAAAGGAAAUAGAAGAUUUGCCCUACCUAAUUUUAAAACUUACUUUAAUUUACAUUAGUCAAGACAGUGAUUGGCAUAAGACUAAGCAUGAUAAUUAAUAGAACAGAAAUGAGAGUCCGGAAAUGAACCCUUAGCAUUUAUGAUCACCUGAUUAUUAAAAAAGUAUCAGGACAGUUUGAUGAGGGAAGGAUAGUCUUUUCAACCAAUGGUGCUUCGAUACCCAUAUGUUUAAAAAAUGGACUUGGAUGUAUGGUUGUGUAUACUUCACACCAUACACAAAAAUUAUCUCAAAAUAAUCAUAGACGUAAUUGUAAAAUCUCCAAACUAUAAAAAUUCUAGGAGACGCUGGAGAAAAUCUUUAUGAUCUUGUGUCAGGAAUAGUUCUUAGAUGACACCAAAAGCGUGAAUUGUAAAAGAAAAUACAAAUUGGACUUCAUUAAAAUGUUUAAAAACUUUAUCACUCCAGAGGAUAUUUAAGAAAGUAAAAAGACACAGACUGGCAGAAAAUACUUACGUCUUACAAACAUAGUAUAGGUCUUUAAUCUAGAACAUAUAAAGAAAUUUUACAAGUCAGUUAUAAAGAAAAAAACCCAAUUAAAAAUGAGCAAAAGACUUUAAUAGAUAUUUCACCAAAGGAGAAAAUAUAAAUGGCCAAGAAGCAUAUGAAAAGAUGUUCAGUGUUGUUAGUCAUUAAGGAAAUGCUGAUUAAACCACAAUGAUAUGUUGUCACACACCCACUCGAAGGGCUGUAAUUAAAAAGACUGACAUUACAUGGUAUUGUGGAGAAACUGGAACCCUUCUACACUGUUCUUCGAAAUGUAAGUGGUACAGCCAUUUUGGAAAACAGUUUGGCUCUUCCUUAAAAAGUUAAACAAGCUUAUCAAAUGAAUCAGUAAUUCCACUAACAAGACCUACCCCAAAGAAAUGAAAAUGUGUGCACAUAAAGAAUUGCAAAUGUCUCUUAAGAGCAUUAUUCACAACAGUCAGAAAUUGGAAAACAAUCCAGCUGUGCAUCAAAUGAUGAAGGGAUAAACAAAAUAUGGUAUAUUCAUAUGGUGGAGUACAAUUCCGAUAGGAAAAAAUUGCUGGUAAAUACUACAACAAAGGUGAAUGUCAAAAACAUUGUCAGUGACAGAAGCCAGAUACAAAAGGGUACAUAUUAUGUGUUUGCAUUUGUAUGAAAUGUCUAGAAAAGACAUAUCUAUACAGAAAGAACAGUGGUUACCUGAGGCCAGGGUAGGAGUGGAGACACUAGAGGAAAACAUUUGGGGCGAUAGUAAAGGUCUAACUUUGGAUUGUGGUGAUGCUGUACAGCUCUGUACAUUUUCUUAAGAUUCAAUGAAUUGUAUGCUCACCUGGGCUAACUUUAUGGUAUAUAAAUUAUACCUCAAACUGUAAACUUUUUUGAAGAUGGUUUUGCAGGGUAGGGUAAUAUGUAUGAAAUAGUCAUCUUGGAGAAUGUGAAAGGUGAGUGCUGUGGAGAAUAAAGGACCCUCUACUGUGUGUAUAAUAUAGUUCUAAUUACAAAACCUCAACAUCGCUUAUAUAAUGUGGCGUUUGUUAAGGACCUUCUGUUUUGGACGUGAUAUGAAAAGUGAUACAUUGAUAAUCUUUAUGUGUAGAAGAGAUUGCCAUAUGAAGAUUCAUUACAGCCAAGUAUAUUUACAUGAAGCACCAGGAUGAUAAUUCGGGCUUACAUUUACUCACUGCUUCUGCGUGCUGGCUCUGCACGCCUUAUCUGGUAUUCGAUUUUUUAUAUGUACUUUAUUUAAUAGAUUUAGAAGCGGCUGAAAAGUUGUGAUUUAGAGCGAAUUGAGACCAGUUUCUAUCUGUUGACUUUAGGUUGUAUGCUGAAUUUAUACACACUUAACUAAGAUAUCGUAGUUUUUUGGAAAAUUGCAGAAACAUAAUGCCUCAAAGAUAGCGUGAGUUUGAAAUAAUCAUGCCUGAUUAUGGAGCUUUGUGGUGCAACGAGGCUUGGUUAUUUUGGAAGAAGUCAGUUCUACAUUGCUUUGAAACUUGUAGCUGUUGCCCAGUCUGGUUUCCCUUUAAGAGUGGAAAGUAUAAAUACAGUGAAGGACCUUCCUCUGCCGAGAUUUGUUGCUUCAAAGAAUGAACAGGAAUCUCGUCAUGCAGCCUCAUAUUCUUCAGAUUCUGAAAAUCAAGGGUCUUAUUCUGGUGUAAUUCCCCCACCACCUGGCAGGGGGCAAGUGAAAAAGGGAUCUGUAAGCCAUGACCCUGUCCAGCCUCGUACGUCUGCAGAUCAGCAGGAACCUGCAUCCCCAGUCGUUUCACCACAACAGUCCCCACCAACUUCUCCACACACAUGGAGGAAGCACAACCGUCACCCCAGUGGGGGAAAUAGCGAGAGGCCACUUACAGGACCUGGGCCACUUUGGUCUCCCUUUGGUGAAGCUCAAUCAGGUUCUUCUGCGGGUGACGCAGUGUGGUCAGGGCACUCUCCACCUCCACCACAAGAAAACUGGGUCAGUUUUGCAGAUACUCCACCAACCAGUACUCUUUUAACCAUGCAUCCUGCUUCUGUCCAGGACCAGACAACAGUACGAACUGUAGCAUCAGCUACAACUGCCAAUGAAAUUCGUAGGCAAUCCAGUAGUUAUGAUGAUCCUUGGAAAAUAACAGAUGAACAAAGACAGUAUUAUGUAAAUCAAUUUAAAACCAUUCAGCCUGAUCUAAACGGAUUUAUUCCAGGAUCUGCAGCUAAAGAGUUUUUUACAAAAUCAAAACUUCCUAUUCUUGAACUUUCUCACAUUUGGGAACUUUCAGACUUUGAUAAAGAUGGAGCAUUGACACUGGAUGAGUUUUGUGCUGCUUUUCAUCUGGUAGUUGCUCGGAAGAAUGGCUAUGACUUACCAGAAAAACUCCCUGAAAGCUUAAUGCCCAAACUGAUUGAUUUGGAAGACUCAGCAGACGUUGGGGAUCAGCCAGGUGAGGUAGGUUAUUCAGGCUCUCCUGCAGAAGCACCUCCAAGCAAGUCGCCGUCAAUGCCGUCACUAAACCAGACUUGGCCUGAGUUGAAUCAGAGCAGUGAGCAGUGGGAGACAUUUAGUGAACGCUCUUCAAGCUCACAAACUCUGACCCAAUUUGAUUCUAACAUUGCACCAGCUGAUCCUGACACCGCUAUCGUGCAUCCGGUUCCCAUCCGCAUGACUCCGAGCAAGAUCCACAUGCAGGAGAUGGAGCUGAAAAGAACCGGCAGCGAUCACACUAAUCCCACUAGCCCAUUACUUGUGAAAACGUCUGACCUGUCAGAGGAAAGUAAGAUAAAUUCAUCGGUGAAAUUUGCUUCUGGAAAUACUGUAGCAGAUGGGUACAGUAGUUCAGACUCUUUUACUUCGGACCCAGAACAGCUUGGAAACAAUGUAACUCAUCAAAGGUCUCAUUCUGGAACGUCGCCUGAUAACACUGCACCACCACCUCCCCCUCCAAGGCCUCAGCCUUCUCAUUCUAGAUCAUCAUCUUUAGAUAUGAAUCGGACCUUUGCAGUCACCACAGGACAACAACAGGCUGGGGUUGUUGCCCACCCUCCUGCAGUGCCUCCAAGGCCACAGCCCUCACAGGCUCCUGGUCCCGUUGUGCAUCGCCCAGUGGAUGCCGAUGGCCUAAUAACUCACACUAGUACCUCACCUCAGCAGAUACCAGAACAACCAAAUUUUGCAGAUUUCAGCCAGUUUGAAGUAUUUGCUGCAUCAAACGUAAAUGAAGAACAAGAGGAUGAAGCUGAGAAACAUGCAGAGGUCUUACCGGUUGAAAAAGCUUCUGAUCCUGCAAGUUCUCUUCGAGUUGCCAAAACAGAUAGUAAAAUUGAAGAGAAGACAGCUGCUAGCGCUCCUGCCAAUGUGAGCAAAGGCACAACACCCCUUGCGCCACCACCUAAACCUGUUCGCAGAAGAUUAAAAUCAGAAGAUGAAUUAAGGCCAGAAGUUGAUGAACAUACACAAAAGACCGGUGUCUUAGCUGCUGUUCUUGCAUCACAGCCUUCUAUUCCUAGGUCUGUUGGGAAAGAUAAGAAAGCAAUUCAGGCAUCAAUUAGACGCAAUAAGGAAACCAACACAGUUUUGGCCAGAUUGAACAGUGAAUUGCAGCAACAAUUAAAGGAUGUUCUUGAGGAGAGAAUUUCUCUGGAAGUUCAACUGGAACAACUUCGACCGUUCUCUCACCUAUAAGCCAAUUGCCGUUAACUGUGAACAUACCCAUUUUUAAGCAGUUCUGGGUCCAAGCCAAUUUGGAGACCCAGACAGUCAGCUCACUGCUUAAUUCAACAUUGAAUUUUAUGAUUCUGUUUUGCCCUAUAUGUUCACCUGUAUUUAAGUAUCUUUUAUUUUUUAAUUUCAACAAUAAAAGGGUCAGGAUGA